AAGUUGCCCACUGUCCUAGCUCCUGCUGAUCCUGCUGUUGCUGCUGUUACUGUUGCUGUUGCUACUGUUGCUGUUGCUACUGUUGCUGCUGCUGCUACUCGCACCAACAUUAUAUAUUUACUUUAUAACAGCAGGUUCAGGAUGUAUGGGUGGGCGUGUGUGACUCUGAUGGUGGUAGCGUCUUGGCAAGCAUCCUGCCAGGAAGUAACAGAACCUUGGCAAGCACCUACCCAGGGUGUGGCAGAGCCCCAGCAAGUACCUACCCAGGGUGUGGUAGAGCCCCAACAAGCAUCUACCCAGGGUGUGGAUCAUCUUGACUGCUCUGCUGAAGAGGAGAACGCCGCCAAGCAGAGCGUGGUUUCUUCGCUUCGAGAGCUGUACUUUCCGCUGCUGGACGAGACUUCAGGAAGCAUCCGUGAGCUGGUGAACAACAGGAACAACGUGAAGAUGUACAUCGACUGCAUCAUUGAGAACAAGACGUGCACUAGGCUGGGCAAGUCUUUGCAACACUUCGUGACAGACGAGGCUGGAAACAACCUCUGCUUCGGGUGUCAGCCUUGCCAGAAGCAACGUAUCAAGUACAUCCUGAGGCAGCUAAAAUGCAAUUAUAAUGAUCAGGCCAAGAGAAUCGAGGAGUAUAUCUUGAAGGUUAAGAAUAUCAACAUUUAUACCUUCUUCAACCUGCAGAACAUUGUAUGUGAACUGGAGGAGUGAUCCGUAAGUGAACCUGUUGUUGUUCUACUGGUCAGGAAACAAAUGAGUGUUUCCUGACACAGGUCGUAAUCAUAAGAUGACUUCACGGUGAAAACUGGCUCUACCUGCUAGUUAUAUAACUAGACCUAACUGCUAACUAUAUAGUAACUGAUUUUGAUAACCUAUAGACGCUGAAACCUUAUAGUUUUCUGGAAAUUAGACCUAAUAAUCAUCUAGCAACGGAGACUUAUAACCAUCUAUUUCCCUAGAAAUGACAAGAAUUGAAUCAGUAUCUUUCCUAGCUGCGCUUGACCUGUUGUCAUAUCCUCACUGCACCUACAGCAAUGACCAUCUGAUAUCCUAGAAAUUACCAGAAUCUAGCCAACACCUACCAUCACUUAGCAGGAUCUCAUCUCUGCAAAGUUACAGCAGAAUAAACGUCGUAAAGAAAUGAUUCCGGGUGUCGAAUAACCAGACAUUAAGUUUGGUUCUGUGUAGGUCUUCAUGGUUGCCUCCGUGGUUUUAGAGCUUCGUCGAGUCAUUUUUGGUUGUUUAGAGCUUUAUCAAGUCAAAGUGGCUCUGUAUAGGGCUUUAUCAAUCAAGGUGGCUCUGUGUAGAGCUUUAUAAAGUCAAGGUGGCUCUGUGUAGAGCUUUAUCAAGUCAAAUUGUCUCUGUGAAGACAUUUAUCAGGUCAUGGAUUAAUAACCUUCACGAAGCUAAAGUUGAACCAAUAAAAAGCUUGUUCUCCAACGUGUCUUUUC